GAGUCAGAUGUCGAUUCUUUAACUGAACAGAUGGAACAGAUUGGAAAAUUGAAUCUCAAUUUGAAUCUCAAUUUGUCGUCGUAUAUCACCAAGGAUUCGUUCAAUUUACCGAAUAUGCCCAACUUUUCAAAUCUUCCCAACUUGCCAAACUUGCCCAACUUGCCCAACUUACCCAACUUGCCGACUUUUGAACUUUCGCGAAUUCAGGAGUUUCCCAAAGAAUUUUCUCGGUACGUUUCCAGCUACAUUAAUGCUUCAAGGAUAACAAAUAAAUCACAUGAGCAGCAACGAUUGGCAAACUCGAUCAAGACGGUGUUAUCGACUCGUAUCCAGAUGAACAAGUUCCUCAGUGACUUGCGCCUCGGAGUUAACAUUUCAACAGCUAUAGACCGGUUGCAGCCGUUGACUGAUAUCAUCCAUGAAACGAUUUUCCUUCCCGCAGAAGACAUCAGCGACUUUGAAGACGACUACGAAGUUGGACGAGGUCGAAGCGAGGCGACAGACGAAAUAACAGAACCAGUAGGUGUAGGAGAGAUUGUCAAUAAGGACCAACCUCUUUUGUACGAUAUAGUUAGACACAUCCUUUGCAUGAAGUGCAACACGCCGCAAGUUCCUGAGUCCAACCACUGCGUCAACUGUGAAACUGAAUUGGCAUACUACUUCUGUUCUAAAUGCGUUCUUUACGACAACGAUCACACCAAGGAUAUUUACCAUUGCGACAAAUGUGGUAUAUGUCGUUUGGGAUUGGGAAUAGGAAAGGACUACUUCCACUGUGACGAAUGUAACAUUUGCUUGUCCAUAGACUUACGGGAAAAACACAAGUGUUUGAACAAUACUACACACUGUGAUUGUCCCAUUUGCAACGAGUACCUUUUCACUUCUGUCAACAAGGUGGUAUUCAUGAAGUGUGGUCACUCUAUCCACCAGCAUUGCUAUGACGAAAUGGUCAAGCACAGUUACAAGUGUCCCAUCUGUAAAAAGACGAUUGUAAAUGUUGAGACGCAGUUCAGGCUCUUGGACCAAGAAAUCAGCCAGCUGCCAUUGCCGGCACCGUACAACUCGUGGCGGUGUAUUAUCAGCUGUAAUGACUGCAAGGGCAAGUCGAAUGCGCCAUACCAUGUCUUGGGGUUGAAGUGUAAAUAUUGCAAGAGUUAUAAUACCAACCAACUCAAAUUAAUUAAACCCGAAGAAGAGGACGAUGAUAUUGAUGGCGGCAACGAAACACAGCGAACAGAGCACUUUGAUCUGGACUUGAUGCGGUUAGCCAGAACGAACUUGCUGAGUAAUUUUAGAAUAGACGAGCAUAGUAUACACGAGGAUGAAAUAAGUGGCUACGAGGACGAAGGUGAGGAUGGUGAAGCUGAUGAUGAGAACGAAAACGACAAUAUAUCCCAGUUGAGGAAGUUAACUGUUAUUGGCAGAAACAACGAGAACCCAUACCGGUCCAAUGUGUCGUAUAUUACUUCUAUCUUCCAGAACUUCAUUAAUAGCGCUACG